GUUUCAGGUUCCAGCAACGGCACCGUCCGAUCCCUUGGAGAACACCCUUCUCUGGCCCGCGGGUUUCCUCUGGAUUAAGCAAUUAAGAGGAAAACAAACAAACCGAGCGCGCGCGCGCUUUUGCACGCCGCGCCGCUUCCGGCCAAAAGGGACACUGAAGGGAUGAUUUGAAAUCCACCUCUCUCUCAGAGCUGACAGGCUUUACUUGACAAAAAAAAACCCGUUCGCUUGAAUUGCGGCACUGUAACUAAUAAAAGCAAUUGUUGCUGUUGUUUCUAAAGUCGAUAUAAUCGGUGGACGUUAUAUCUCACGCGUGGACUUGUAUGGAACUCUCGCGGGUCAUUUUAAUAUUAUGCGUCACUUGGCCAAUGACAAGCUCCGAAAUGUUGAGCCCCGCCCCCUGCCUCAUUACAGCGCGCGGUCACUCCUUACACCCCAAAAGUGCGUUAUGAGGGCUCUAUUAGAAACAUAAACGUGUGUUUAUCGGCUACCUCCAAACACAAAAGUUUAACCCCGUUCAUUAAACGACUGGGCACCCCUAAUAAAUGCCAACCGGGUCGCCCAAGAGGACCAUCAUUCCAUGGCAAUGUUCUCCAGCCAGAUGACUUCCACUCCUUUCUCAGUGAGGGACAUAUUGAACCUGGAGCAGAAUCAGGAGGACUUGGUUUCUCUGGACAUGUCUCAGCGGCUGGACAGUGCCCUCAUCCCGAGCUCGUCCUGCAUGCUGUCCACUUUUAAACAAGAGCAGUUCAUGGAAAUGCCAUCCGGAGCCUCCCUCUUCGGCGAAGACCUUCAGGACGACAAAGGCAACAAAAACGGCUCUCUGAACUUCGGGACCGCCGCCUUUUACGGGAAGAGUUUCCUAGAAAUGGACUAUGUUAAAGACGCAAAGACGGAGGACACGUUUGAGGACAAAGAAAAAAAAGACAUCGGCUGCUCUCAGGAAGAACCGAGCGAAGACCUGAAGCUGGACGAUGCGGAUCGACCCAAACAGAGGAAGAGGAGAAAGCCCAGGGUCCUGUUCUCUCAAGCGCAGGUGUACGAGCUGGAGCGACGCUUCAAACAGCAGAAAUACCUCUCCGCCCCCGAGAGAGAUCACCUGGCCAGCGUGCUCAAACUCACCUCCACGCAGGUCAAGAUCUGGUUCCAGAACAGACGCUAUAAGUGCAAGAGGCAGCGUCAGGACCAGACCCUGGAGAUGGUGGGCAUCGCUCCUCCGAGGCGCAUCUCGGUGCCGGUGUUGGUCCGGGACGGAAAGCCGUGCCUGGCCGACGCGUCCGCGUACAACGCCUCCUACAACGUGGGGAUCAACCAUUUCGCCUACAACGGCUACCCCGCGUUCAGCAACUUCCCGAGUCCGGGCAGCACGAACUACUCCUGCAGCUAUCCGUCGAGCGUGGCCUCCGUCCAGCCGCCCUCGCAGUCCAGCGGCAACUACAUCAACUUCGGGGUCGGGGAACUGAAUAACGCGCAGGCCCCGUUUCAGUCCGGCGGCGGGGUUCCCGCGCUACACGGCAUCCGAGCUUGGUGAAGACGAAACGUUUCAGUCCCAAUAAUAUUUUCAUAACUGACGAUCGGACAGACGCGAGAGCGCGUUCGUUCUUACUCUUUAAUACCUUUUUGAAGCUAUAUGCAUCGUUUGCUUUAAAACCUGUCUGAAUAAUUUGCUUGCACUUGAGUUAAAUUAUGAGAGAUAACCCGCACGUUAAAGUAUGUAGAUUAUUUAUAAUUUUCACCAGACGUAUCGAGGCCUUUAUCAAACUCGAAAGAAGUUCCCAUGCAUGCUUGCUUUCUUUUCUUUCUUUCUUUCAAGGCCAGUCUCAUUUUUGUAUGUAUAAAAUAAUAAUAAUAAAAAAAUAACAGACCUGUAACCAAUAAAGGGCGACCGUGAGCUAUAGUUAAGAAACAUUUUCGUGUGUCUCGUAUCCAGAAAGUCCGUUUUAAGGUGUUGUUGUUCAUUUGCUUGUGUAAGUCUGAUAUGUAAACUUUUUAAAAGGAAAUAAUAAAGGCUUUUCA